AUGUCAUCCGCUAAUCACUUCGGUUCAAUGCCUACAGACACCAAACAUGUCCCGUGCAAAUUCUUCCGCCAGGGUGCCUGUCAAGCAGGCCCCGCUUGCCCGUUCUUACACUCCACCGAUGCAGGAAUUGAGUACGCUCCGUGCAAAUAUUUCACCAAGGGCAACUGCAAAUUCGGCGCAAAAUGCGCACUGGCGCAUAUCCUACCAGAUGGACGGAGGGUCAACCGCCCCACUGGGGGUAUGGGAAUGGGAAGCGGUCACCUCAAUCUGGGUGGUCGAGUGAACCCGCAAGCCUAUGUCAAUCAAGACUCCGCCUUGACCAACUCAGUGCUCUCGCAGCAGCGCAUGAACGGCCAGGAGCAGCCGAGAUAUGCCCCGCAGAUGCCCCCGCAGGAGGAGUAUGGAUCCCUGCACGGCCAGCAACAGCAGCCCUUCGAUGGAAUCCCAACGAUUGACACCGGUCUCGCCUCCGAUGCCGGCUCCAAGUACGGCUCUCCCGCGGAAGACUCCCGAUUUCCCAUGUCGCCCAAUAACCACCAUUUGACCGCGCUUGAUGCGGGGCUCCCGGCCUCUUUCGACAGCCAGGGAAUUUCUCAUGCCGCUCGCUACGGCCCGGUGGCCGCCUCCAUGCCGUCGCAGUUUGGACUGGAAUCACCCCCAGCCCAGAGACCCGGACAGGCCGAUGUCUUCCGCAAUUUGCGUGACAUUGGAUAUAGUACAGGAUCACGGAAGCCUGGAUCCAACAUUGGAUCGUCUCCCCCGGCUCCCGAAGAUACCAUCGGCACUCGAUUCAUGCACUCAUCUCGCCCCGUCAAGCCACGCAUGUUGUCCGCUAGUGUUCCACGCCCCACAGCACUCGAGGACUGGGAUGAGAACUUCCCCAUGGAGGAAGAUUACCUACCAGUCAACCUGCACGAUGACGUUCUGACCCCACAGGAAAAGCUGCGGCGACUGUCUCGGACUGAUCACGACCUGAGCUCUAGCCAUCGUGACAUUGGUGGCUUCGGUAUGACCAGUACGAGUUUCUCCAAGACUGGCUCUCCUUUGGCAUCCAGCCCAUCCCGAUUUGGGGCCCUGUUUGCCAAGCAGCGUCAGCGCAAAGAAGAGGAGUCUCAUGGCUCUUCUUCUUUCCAUAUCGGCUCCCCUCUCCGUGAAUCAUCCCUGAAUCCCAUCACCAGCCCCAGCCUGGGUCCCAUCGGCAGCAGCCGAGCAUCUCAUGAUGGAGGAUCCUUCCUUUCCAGCCCUGGACGCCAGUCAUCCAUGUCCAUGAUCUCCGAGCAACUGGGAGGAAUGUCUCUUCACCCCGGUUCAGCCCGUCAGUCAUCUGCAGGCCCUACCGGCCGCCUUGACCGCAUAAUUUCCUCUCCUGUCAACACCACCAAGAUUGAAGAAGAGGAAGACCCCAGUGAUCUUGUCUUUGAUAUGGAAGAAGAAGUUGGCAAUAAGCGGAACAGCGCCUCCUGGAACGAGAACAAAGAAACCAGUGAUUCCUAG